AUGACUACCAAUGCGGAACACUAUCUGGGCAAUCUUGAAGCUGCUUCGAAGACCAUCCCAGCCGAGAAGCCCUAUGUAAUGAUGAACAUGAUGAAGUUCAAACCAAAGGCACAAUAUCCUGCAAGUUAUACCGGUCCAAAGCUCAAGUCGUCUACAGGUCGAGAAGCAUAUGUCGCCUACAAGGACGGGUUUGUGAGGAGAGCGACCGAAUUAGGUGUAGACCUCAGUAUUGUGUUCCUGGGAGAAGCUCAUACACAGCUGGUUGCUGGAUCACAAGAGGGCGAGAGUUACGACGUGGUUUUGCUGGUCAGAUUCCCAAGCUUUGCUGCCUUUCGGUCCGUUCUGGAGGAUAAGGAGUAUGUCGAUGAGAUCCAGCCUCAUCGAGUUUCUGCUUUGCAAGAGAUCAGAAGCUUUGCAGUGACAGAAAUGACGGACUCUUGAGGUUGGACCAGCGCCGUUGGGCGGGCGUCUCUUAGAACGCCUCAUUUCCCAUAAUGAUGGCAAAUCACAAGACCAAUGUCAUUGUGUCAAGUUAGAAGGGAAGUCGUUCUCGAAU